AUGGUUUCACCAAUAUUACUGUUUGAGGGUGUCAAGUAUUUAGUAGGAGAAGGUAAUGAAACAGAAGGAAGAAAAGUUGGUGAUAUUAGAAUCACUCCUAACCUUAACCAAUUUAAAAACAAUAAUAAAUUAGAAAUUAUCAUCCCCAUGACUGACAAAGAUACUCGACCAAUUGUUUUUGAGAUCACAUAUACAAAAAUUCAUCCUGGUUAUCAAGAAAAAAUAAUACAAUCCCAAUCGGCUCGUUGUCUUGCCAAGCAAGCUAUUAAAGAUAUUACAGUAUGCGAAAUUAAUGUCAGCCAAUUUGAAGUUAAAAAUUUGAAAGGGGAAGGAGUAAGUAAAGUGCUUAAAAAUUUAGACAGUAAAAUUAGAGAAUUUUUAAAAACCUAUGACAAUGAUGAAAAUGGAGAAGUAGAAGUUGGAGAACUAGUAGAAAAAAGGAAAAUACUUACUGAUGAUUUUAAUAAAGGUAAAGAAAGCGGUAAAGUAUGGAAAGUUGUAGAAAUCAUAAAAGAAUUAGAAAAUGCUAUAACCGAAUAUCGUAAGUCUUCUUAUAAUUGGAUAAACGAGAUAGAAAGCAGUAUCAAUAAUCAAUUUGAAGGAAACCAAACUGAGAUACAAAUAAAUAUAGAAGAUUCUGAUCAAGCAACCGAAGUUGAAAAUACAGCGGAAAGUAUUGCUAAUAAUAGUAGUCGCUCUUUACUUUUAGUCAAGGAGCCUGACAAAGGCAAAAAGUCUUUUUUUGAUACUAGAGGUUAUUUAACUAAUCGGCAGAAAAAACACUCUAAAAAUCAAAAAAUACUUAAACAAGAAUCUCAUGAAUUACAAGGAAUUUUAAAUCAAGAACAACUAAAAGCCCAAGUCAAAGCUCUUCCUUAUGGAACACCUAGUUCAAAAAAGACUUUAAAAGAAGGAACUAGUAGCGAAUUAGAAGAAAUGGGUGGGGCGCAAGCCUUUGAAAUGGCUUAUGAACUGAGAGAAAAGUAUUUAGAGACUAGAAGUUUAACCAUUCAUAGUUAUGAUUCUGAUAUCUUGGCCGAGUUAGAAGAAAAACAUUGGAACAUUAUUCAACAAAUCCUCUCUAAAUAUCCUUAUCAUUUUUAUGCUUAUGGUUCGCGAGCAAAAGGAACUGCCAAAAAGUUUUCUGAAUUAGACUUAUGUUAUAAGGAAGAGAUUCCUCUUUCGGUAAUUAGUCGCCUGAGGGAGGAAUUUACAGCAAGCAAUUUACCUUUUGAAGUAGAAUUAGUUAACGUUUACCCUUACAUAACGGGUAGCAUAACGAAAAUAGAUUAUAUGGCAAAGAAAGAAAAAGAGUUUUAUUUUAGCAAAUGGGGACAGAAAGCUUAUCGGCGGAGGAAAAUGCAGGCAAAAAUAGAGGCAGGAUUAGUGAGUGGAAUUUUGAACCUAGAAACCGGAAGAAUUAGAAAGUAUCGGAAUGGAGCUAGUCGGCAGAGGGGGUGGAGGGAGAAGAAAGUAAAACCAAAUCCUCUUUAA